AAUGAUUUAUUGUUCUUUUCAGUGUAGUGAGUGCGUUUGGAACCCAUUUCAUUGGAGAGUUCUUUGUUUAUAAAGAUUGAUAGUUGACAACGUAAAAAUAUCUUGCAGUGCACAUUGUUCUACAGUGGAAUUUCUUUUUUAAAAGUAUCAUUGAAGUAGUAAAGGUCAACAUGAAGUUUCCUUGGUCUCAUUCGACCCUGGUUGAGGUCCUUAAAAGUAACUAUAAACAUCACCGUAAAUGCGAUAAAGUAUGUGAAGACAUCACUAAUAAAAAACUAGAGCUUUCCGAUUUUGUGGAAGAAUUAGGACCAGCAUUAACCCACGAAGAUCACCAAAUUAGAAUGAAGGCGACAAUGCUUUUGUCGAACGUAUUAGAAAAUCUACCUUCAGAUUUACUAACUGCGAAGCAAGUUGAAUUUUUGGUUACAUUUUACUGCGAUCGAAUGAAAGAUCAUCAUUCAAUGAUUCCCGCGAUACUUGAUGGUUUAUCAUCACUAGUAGAUAUGAAAAAUCUUCCUCAGGGAGCCGCCAGCAAAAUUGUUAGUUCCCUUUCCAUGAAUAUCCCUUGCCAAAGUCAAGCAAAAGAUGACCGUGCUAAGUAUUUCAAAAUAAUUGGUCACUUAGCUGAUUACAAGCAGGAAGAGUUGAUUAAUUUGGGUGCGGAUUUUUUGUUAGCUGUAAUAGAUGCCAUGGGAGGUGAAAGAGACCCUCGAAAUUUAUUGUUUUUAUUCGACUUCAUGCCACAGUUCCUACGAAAGUAUCCUUUAUUGCAUUUAGCUGAAGAAAUGUUCGAAAUGUUUGCUUGUUACUUUCCUAUUGAUUUCCAUCCAAGUCAAAAUGAUCCCGAAGUUAUAACAAGAGAAAUGCUGGCUGCCAGAUUGGAAGACUGUCUUUGUGGAACAAAUCGUUUUGCUGUACAUUGUAUAACAUUGUUGUUAGAGAAAUUGGAGAGUGAUCUCAGCGUUGCUAAACUUGAUUCUAUGCGUUUGUUGAUUAGGUGUACGGAGGAAUUUCAUUUAAUUGACAUAAGUGAUCAUAUUGAUGAUAUAUGGAAGGCAUUGAAACUAGAAUUGCUAUCAGGAAAUGAAAAAACUGAAGUUUUCCAGUUAGCAAUUAACAGUACGAAACAUCUUGUAAUUGCUACUCAAGUGGACGCAACACUAGGAGAGCAUCUUUUGACAAAUAUUUUUGUUGCGAUUAUGGGAAGUUUAGCAGAAGUUACAUCUAGAUUAUUUGAUCACUGCGUCAAAAUUGCUUUGGCUUGUGCUGAGGCAUCAGCUGAAACCGGGCUGUUCGUUGUAGACAAGCUUGUUCCUAUAACGCUUUCACAGUUGCACACUGAUGAACUUAAUGAACAACAAAAAUGUUCACUUAUUGAAGUUAUUCAGCAAAUAAUACUUAUCUGCAAACAAAAAUCAGUUUUGCAUCGAAUGUCUCCGGACACCAUAAAUGCUGUACAGAAAGAGUUAAUCCAAAUUUUAGUGCAAGAAGAUGAUUCCAGUCAGAUAAAAAGAAUAGCUUUAUCCACUGUUACAAGCAUACCUGAAUUGAUCAUUGACGAGAAUCGUUUUGUAGUAUAUACAACAAUUAUUCAUGUACUUUUAUCUUCGAGAGACACUCGUUUAAACGUCGAAGACUGUCUUUAUGAAUUUGCUAUUCAGUAUGCUGCUGAAGUUACGAAUGUCAUUGUUGAUAAACUGAUUGCAAAGAUAUAUGACGUAGUAUCUUCUUCUACUGAACGGAUAUUUCAUGCGUUAGCACGAUUGCUAGCAUUGGAGUCUAUGAGCGAAAAAUUGCUAGAGUUCUUCUUGGAUCUAAUUUUCCAUAAACCCGGAAGUGAGCUUAUCGCCAUUUUAGCAAUGCAAACUUUAGAGUUGGCUCUUUCAAAAAAAGACUGUGAAAAUAUUUCUACCAUUUUGUAUGAGAAGCAUAAGCUAAUGGACAAAUUUGUCAAGCAGAUACAUUUUGAAAAAUCACCUUACUCUUCUGAUUAUUUUUAUGCAAUGUCAAACUUAAUAAGAGCUGUGAUGAAAAAACUUCCACCUGCAGUACAGGAAUCCAUCGUGAAAGAUCUUCUUCCCUGUAUGGAUUUGACAAAGGAGUACGAUCUGUACUUGACGUCGGGAAUUCUUGGUUACUUAGAUGAAACGGUAUCCAUAGAAGAUCACUUCGAAAGCCUUGUAGAACGACUCACUAAACUAGUAAUGGAAAGUGAGAACGAGAAUGUGAGUAAUUUAUGUCAGCAUCUAUUAUGUAGUUUGUUUAACCGAAUGGCAGAUGACGAGUAUCAUCGCAGUGUAUUAAAUAAAUUACUCAUCUCAUUGCGAAAAGAGUUAAAGAAACACAACAAAAAGGCGAUAUGCAUUCUCUCGUGGAUAGGUAAAGGCCUUUUAGCUAGAGGUCAUCCAUUGGCUGGAGAAAUUGUUGAAGACAUUGCCGAUUUAUUGGAUCACCCGUCUCUGGGACAUAUAGCUGCAUUUGCGUUUGAGAUUUUAUCAGCAGAGUUUCCCCAGUUACAUUUACCAUUAAUCAAAAAUUUGUUUAAACAGAAGCUAUUCGUAUUAGUUAUGAAGAAAUUAGAGCACAAAUUAGAAAAUACCGCGGAAAAUCAUCUGAGAGCGCUAGUGCAAGUGUACGAAAUUGCACCACAUUUGGUGUUGAAAAUGAAUAUCAAUAAGGUUGGUCCCAUUGUACUGAAAUGUUUGUUGCUAUCGAACGACAAAGCUUUAGAAACUACGUUGAAAAUUAUUCUACAUUUCAUCAAAGAUGAGGACAGCUUCUUUCGUGAUCAUCUUCAAACAUUGGUGCCACAAUUGUUGAAGCUUUCAACAUAUGAUUCAGAUAUGCAAGUACGCAUUAGAGCACUAGAGUGUUUACAUUUUGCAACGAAAUAUCCACCAUUUCUGCUACUUCCGUAUAAACAGGAAGUAGUACUAGGAUUGCAGAGCUCGCUAGAUGACCACAAACGCUUGGUUAGGAAUGCUGCAGUUACUGCCAGACUACAAUGGUUUUUGGUUGGCACCGAUAGUUCAAACGCAACAAAUGAUUAGGUGUUACUACAAGAUAUGUACAAUACAUGGGAUUUCACCUAUUUUAAGAAAGUGUACAAAAACUUGAUUUUGUAUUUUAUUUGAUUACGUUCAAAACAUUAAAAUUAAUUAAAGCAUUAUUUUGUAUAAUUGCUAGGUUCUCGGCA